AUUCGUAGUCACAUGGUAUCUCAGUUCUUAUUAGCAGUAUCCAUGUCUACAGAUGAAGGUGAUGACAAACCAUCUUACUUCCAGUCUUUCUGUCGGGUUGGUUCAGGAUACACAUUGAAAGAACUUCAUGAAUUCAAUCGUAAAUUGGCACCCUCUUGGAAGAAGUUUGAUGAAAAAAACAUCCCACAACAUUUAUUAUUAACAUCAGGGCUGAGGGAGAGACCUGAUGUGUGGAUAGAACCGUCUAAAUCCUGGGUGGUACAAGUGAAAGCUGCAGAGAUUAUCUCAUCAAAUCAGUUCAAAACUGGCUGUACGUUACGUUUCCCUCGUUUGGAGAAAGUUCGAGAUGAUAAAGCAUGGUACCAAUGCAUGACUCUAGAUGAGAUGCAAAGUCUUCGCCAGCAAGCUGGUGGUAAGUUGGCAAUUCGUCACACAGGCAUAGAAGACACUGGUGAACCAAGUAAGAAGAAAGCACGGAGGGUAAUAAGACCUUCUAGAGUCAUUGGAAUUGCAUCUCAGUUCAGAGGUGCUGAUGUGUCUAAUGUAAAACAGGUAUCUGAGAUGUUUGGAGGCAAUGAAUUCUGUGUUGUGAAUGUUCCUAAAGGUCAUACAAAAACUGAUGUGGAAAAGAAAAUAGUUGAACAUGGUGGUAGCAUAGUUCAAAAUCCUGGGCCGGAAACAUACUGUGUUUUGGCAGACAAAAUUACCACCAGAGUCAGAAAUAUUUUCAGUCGAGAUAUCUAUGACGUUGUUGCGGUUACUUGGCUGUUUGAUUGUUUGAAAAAAGGUCAUCUGUUACCAUGGCUACCGUCACAUAUGCUUCAUGAGUCCCCUGAUACAGCCUCUGAAUUUGCUUUGGAAUUCGAUCGUCAUGGUGACAGCUACACAGAAGAUGUAAAUAGAGAGAAAUUGGAGGAAGUGUUUAAUAAAAUUGAGGCACAGGGUAACAUUGCUAAAAUGACAUCAGAAGAUAUUGCUGAAAUCGAAUUUAAUUAUUUUCCGAACGAUUCACCACUGGGUAUAUUCCGCCUGUGUAAGGUUUAUCUAGAUAAAUAUGCUGUAUUGAGUCAACCAAUAACAAAAAUCAAAGAUUGUAGUUUGGAAUUAGUUGAAUUAGAAUUACGCUUCCAUGGUGCAAGAGUAUCACCAAAACUGGAUGAAACUGUCACACAUGUAAUCUGUGACGCAAGUGAUCUUUCUCGUCUCAAAGACAUCAAUGAAAUGAACAGAGGACGGAAUAAGAAAUUCCAUACACUAUCUGUACAAUGGGUACAAGAUUGUCUUGAGGCAGGCACAUUUCGCUCUGAACUUCCAUAUGGACUCAAGAUAUCUUAAACACACACAGAAAUGU